UGAAGAACCAAUAAGCCAAAGCCCGUUACUGUCAUUUCACUGUUCCAGCCAUCAGCUCAGCCUCGCUAUUCCUCCGACAAAGACUUCUUCAAGUACCUCAACUUUCACAUGCUCCAUCUGACUUCCAUUGACCCAUCAAAAAAUGGGCAACUGUAAUGGUCUGCCGGCCGGCCAAACCUCCACCGGCGAACCCCACGAUCAGGCCGACUCCGACCACUGCCCUCCCUCUAACGGCGUCGUCAAGGUCCUCCCUUCCGAUGCCGACCCUUCCCCACCUGCCCCCCUUCCGGAACCAAUUUCCUCUUCCUCCUCUGCGCUGCCAGGCGUCGGCCGUGUCCUGGGCCGGCCGUUCUCCGACAUCCGGUCAGUUUACUCCUUCGGCCGCGAGCUGGGCCGCGGCCAAUUCGGCGUGACUUACUUAGUCACACACAAGGAAACGAAGCGGGAAUUUGCCUGCAAAUCAAUCGCCACCAGAAAAUUGAUCAUUGAAGACGAUGUUGAAGAUGUUCGGCGCGAGGUUCAGAUUAUGCACCACCUCACCGGCCACCCCCACAUUGUUGAACUUAAAGAAGUGUACGAAGACCGGCAUUAUGUGAAUUUGAUUAUGGAGCUGUGCGCCGGCGGAGAAUUGUUCGACCGGAUUAUUGCCAAGGGCCACUAUUCGGAAUGCACGGCGGCCUCCCUUUGCCGGCAGAUUGUGACGGUGGUUCAUAAUUGCCACUCCAUGGGAGUUAUGCACCGGGACUUGAAGCCCGAGAACUUCUUGUUUUCGAACACUGAUGAGAAUUCGCCUCUCAAAGCUACGGAUUUCGGCCUUUCCGUGUUCUUCAAACCAGGUGAUGUUUUUAAAGAUCUAGUUGGAAGUGCAUACUAUGUAGCUCCAGAAGUUCUUCGCCGAAAUUAUGGACCCGAGGCUGAUAUUUGGAGCGCUGGCGUUAUACUGUACAUUCUACUAUGUGGUGUUCCCCCUUUCUGGGCAGAGAAUGAUCAGGGUAUUUUUGAUGCUGUUCUUCGGGGACAUAUCGAUUUCUCGUCGGAUCCAUGGCCUUCCAUAUCCAGCAGUGCCAAAGAUCUGGUUAAGAAGCUCUUGCAUUCUGAUCCUAAAGAGCGAUUAUCAUCCAUUGAAGCCCUAAAUCAUCCAUGGAUGAAAGAAGAUGGGGAAGCAUCUGACAAGCCUCUUGAUAUUGCUGUUUUGACUAGAAUGAAACAGUUCAGAGCAAUGAACAAACUCAAGAAAGUAGCUCUAAAGGUGAUUGCUGAAAAUCUUUCUGAAGAAGAAAUUGUGGGAUUAAAGGAAAUGUUCAAGUCGAUGGAUACCGAUAACAGUGGAACUAUCACGUUCGAGGAGUUAAAAGCUGGUCUUCCGAAACUUGGUACAAAGCUUUCCGAAUCUGAAGUGAGGCAGCUGAUGGAAGCGGCCGAUGUGGAUGGAAAUGGAUCAAUUGACUACAUCGAGUUCAUUACUGCUACUAUGCACAUGAACAGAGUAGAAAGAGAGGAUCACUUAUUCAAAGCAUUUGAAUACUUUGACAAAGACAAGAGCGGAUAUAUCACAAUGGAGGAGUUGGAGUCUGCCCUUAAGAAGUACAAUAUGGGAGAUGAAAAAACAAUAAAGGAGAUCAUUGCAGAAGUUGACACAGAUAAUGAUGGACGAAUAAACUAUGACGAAUUCGUUGCAAUGAUGAGGAAGGGCGACCCGGAGUUAACAGCAACCCGACGGCAAAAAUGAAGCUGCUUCGUCUGCUGUCUGCAUGACUUUAUGUGAUUUUGACUGUGUAUGUUUGUUCGAUUUGAGUUGAAUUCCCUAAAGAGAGAAAGAGUUGUGUUCAGUUUUGCUCCAUUCAAUGGCUGCCAUUAAAUAGGGGAAUGAGCUUCCAUCUUCCCCAUUUACAGGAGAUUUCAACUAUUUUGAUGUCUCCCUUUUUUCAAAGACUUGAGUGUGUAUGAGCAGCAAAAUGAGCAGAAAUGUCUCCUAGGAAUGUUGUGUUUUAGAGUGUAUGUAAAGUUGAAAAAUUUGUUCUCAUCUUGAGUUUGUUUGGCAGUGAGCUUGUAAAACAUCCUAUUACUAUAUAUAUUUGUUAUUGAAAAAA